AUGGACGAUACCGAUAAACGCAUAACCAACUAUAGCAAGCUCUUGCCAAAUUUAUCCCAUACAGUGGUGCCACCAAACCUCAAUGUUACCAAAGAUGACAUUGAUGCAUGGCUGAGAAAAAUAGACCAGUUUAAAUCCAAGAUUGACAAUGAGGUAGAGACUGAAAAUGCCGUAACAAAUUAUGAAAAAUGGAUCAAAGACCAGAGUACCAGAUAUAAAGCUGAAAAUUUAUACGUAUUCACCAAAGCAACUGGUUACUCCAAAAAAGGAACGAUAACCAGACCAGGCCAAACCAUGAGAUAUAGAAGUCGGUUGAAACAGAUACUAGCAGGAUGUCUAUUCAUUACCGUGGCUCUAGCACUUUUCUAUCGCAAAUCCAUUUUUUUGAAAGCGCCAAAAGUGAAGCCAAGCGACAAGUUUGAUUUGAUAAAGAAUCGAAACAAUUUCAAAAAUCAAAUUUAUACCCUCUGGGGGGCAGUGCCCAGUAAAGCACAACGGUUUAUGAACCUACCGAUGCAGGAAAAAUGUGACUUGUAUUUCAAAAAUGCUAAACCUAUGGAAUUUGAUUUGAGUUUCUGGAAUGAUUUUAAAGCUGAUCCACAUGUAUAUAAACGCAAAAAAUGGAUUAGAGAUAGGACAAGAGAAGAAAAGAGAAAGUACAAGACUUCCGAAUGGAAGGAUGAGUAUGAUAAACUGAUUGCACAAGAGUUUGGAAAUGUUGCAAAAGUAUACUCUGGUUUGGAAAAGAAGAUGUUUGAUGAAUUAGGGCAUAUGAAGGUCUUUGGUAAAUGUUACGCAAGUGACGCCAAUGCAAGUGGCAAUUGCGAGAAUGUGCAACAAAAUUUGUACCCGUGGUUGUCAAACCAGCUACCACUGGUUACGAACGCCGAGGGUGAAGUGGCCUUGAAGCUUAAGGAUACCCAUGGAUGUGUCACACAGUCGCUAGUUGCCAGUCAAGGUAAAGGUAUAGUGAUCCCAACCAAAUCGAAACAAGUUGAAAAUGUCUGUCGUUUGUUGAACUCAUUGAUUGCUCUCGAAAACAAAUUGCCCAUUGAAAUUGCCCACUUGUCGCUCUCUGAACAUGACAAGGCAAGCAUUGUGGCAGCCUCGAGGAACUCAACAUCUUUUGCCCAGAAGAUUUCAUUUGUCGAUUUAAAGCUGGUGUUGAACGUAGACAAAUUUGCGUUCUUGAGGUCAAAGGAGGAUGAAUUGUUCCUUUAUACAUUGAGUUUGAUAUUUAACUCGUUCAGCGAGGUGGUAUUACUAUCAGCUAAUGCAAUACCAUUGAGCAAUCUCGAAAUUUUAUUCCAAAAUGGAAGAUACAAAUCAAGUGGCCGAUUCUUUUUCCGUUCACGACCCCACUUGGACCGGGAAAAGUUUAACCCCGGCUUUCACGAAAUCACGUCAUUGGUCAAGCAUCAUCUACAACCAAAUGCAGAUGAGAUCAAGUUUUUCAACAUGACGAAUCUGGAUUCGUCUAUGGCCACUUCGAGAUUCUAUAAGGAUCUGUUUCGAAACAUUAUUGAUGAGAGUGUCAUUGUCAUGAACAAGGUCAAGAACCUUUCUGGGUUGCUCAUUACAAUAAACUUGCAAUUUUACAAUGUUUUGAAAAUCAGACUCACGCGUAAAUCCAUGUUUGAUUUAAUCUGGAUCGGACAGGAAAUCUCAGGACAAGAGGUUAUAUUUAAUAAUAACUACCCCGUUAUGGCUGGUAUAUACACCCCAGAUCAAAACUUGCCUCGAGAUGCUCAAACAACAAACGAAAUAUGUUCGGCUUCAUUUGCACAGUUGUCAGAAAUAGAUGACAUCUCACUCCUAUACAUCACACUGGACCAAUUGCAAAAUUGGUUAAAGUACAGCAAUUCCAUGAAGUCCAUCUUUGAGCAGAAAUAUCUGACAAAGUACACUGAAAUGGUUGAUAACUUAUUUGACCCGACAGAUCCCAACAAGACGGAAAUGAAACGGGUAGAUUAUACAGAAGUCCAAAAGGUCUUGCGCAACCCAUUAGCUAUUGAACACAUCAUUAAACCGCCAACAUUAACUAGCAUAGUAUACGUACAUCAUUUCGAGGAGCCCAACGAAGCAUGGGUUGAACAAACAAAGCUCAUUUCCGAACGCAUGAGACAUGGCAGUAAAAAGUAUUAUUGCGCUUAUGAUACAGUUGGAAAUCCAAUGGAAGAGGGAGUUCGAGGAUUGACGAUCAAUGUUGAUGAUGAUCUAACAAAAUGCAAAGUGGAAAAGACAUUUUUGUCAGUCUAUUCAAACACCGUAUCAGAGAAGCAAGUUGUAGGGAGCAAACGGUUACCAUCACUUAAGAAACUGACAUUGAAAAGAAAUCGUCCAAGUGGAGACACUAAACCACUGGCUUUGGUGAUUAUGAAACAAGCUGAGAUUAGACAGUUGCAACUACAAUAUGACAAGACAAUUCAAGAAGCUCCCAAAUUUGACACCGUUGUCACAGUAUCAUCACCAACAAUACCUCCACCAGUUCUGGUAUUAAUAAGCAACCAAGCUGACAUGUUCAACAACUUUCGAUUCCUAACCCAUAUUAACUUCUUUAUCGGCCCAUACAAAAUCAUCAAAAUGAUCACACCAAACUUAUACGAUGUCGAGGUAGGUCUCAGUACAUCCUACAAUACGAUUUUCCCUCAUACCGUAUUAAAACCAUACCCUCCAAGCUCCACAUCCCAUUAUGCACAAGAACCACCUCAAACUGCCUAUAUGUUGAAAUAUUUCGCUAAGCAAAAUUUAAUAAGUGCUAUAGUUGGAUGGAAUGCUCACGAUAAAUUAAUUGCCAUGGCCUUUAAAUGCUGCCAUCCUUCACAUUGUGUGGUUUUUGAUGUAGUUGAAGCAGCACUGGCAAUUGAAUCGGUUUCAACUAACUUGUUUACUCAAUUAGCUAUUGAGUAUAACGAUGCUCUGAAAAGGGAAAAAAACAAGUGGGGGAGGAAUUAA